AAAAAAAAAAAAAGCAAUAGUUUGAAAUUGUAUGAAUAAUCAAAAUUAUUAAUAUAUAUGAGUAAUGGGUCAUGUUAAAACUUAGUCCCUAAUCCUCCACAGUCUACAGCAGUUUAUAUGGAAACACUGUCUCCUCUAAAAUCCACAGCCAGUUGUGGGGAGAUUUUGCCAUCCAAUGUUGCUGGGACCCUUCAAAACUAAAUGAAUGAGGGAAAUGAGUCACUCAUUCAAUUAUUCAUUGGAAAAAUCAGCUGAGUGCCCAAAUGUGCCAGGCACUAUGCUGAGCACUUUGGAUAAAAACUCUUAAGACCUGGCCAUGCCUAAUGAAGUACUCUUACUUGAACGGACAGAAAUCUGGAAGGAUCCUCCUGCUUAAAAGGUUAGGAAUGAUAAGCAAGAUGGGAAAUUACUUGAAUAUACCCAGAUAUGCAUACCCAGGGAGAAGUUAGCCACAAAAGGAGGGGUAGAUACAGAGAGGUAUAUAACUGGACACAAUUACAACAAAUUAGAUGACUCAACAACAGAAACAGGAAAUGGGAACUAACCCUUUACCCCAUCUCCCCAGUUACAGCCACACAGGACAGAAAGGAGGGUGAGUCACACUGAGUAGUCUUGGUAGCCCAGCCCAGAUGAGGAUGCAUUGACUAAAAGAUCAGAACAUUCGCAGAACAAGAAGUAAGAAAUACCACAGAAUUGACACUCAACUGAGGAAUGGCCAGGCAUCAAAAUAAGCAAAUGGGAUCUGGAAAAGUGAAUGCAACUGAUAAAGUGGCCAAAUGUAGAGACUUGUAGAGAAGUAAAAUGUUUUAGAAAUUGAUUUAUUUCUUUAACUCUUAAAGAAGAAUUCUUUCUCUCCACCCUUCUACCCCAAGGUGUCAAAAACUAAAACGAAGUUUUGGAGCUGUUAUCUUUGUAUCAUUACUCUUCAAAUUAUAAUCAUAGUCACAGUAUUAUACAAUGUGCAUGUAGGUCAACCAGAGAGUGGUCAAAUGGAUGACGUAGGUGGUGAAUAUCAAGCCCUUUCCCGACUGCACGUCUGCGACGCAGCCCUAAAUGGGAAGACGGUGCAAGUGUUGCCAAGUGCUUUAUCCACAACGUUUGGAAUAGAUUCUUGCCCUUACUAUGUGCUAGAGAACCACUAUAUCACAACUCCUUUGUCCACGGAAGAAGCCGCAUUCCCUUUGGCAUAUGUAAUGACCAUCAGUCAAGAUUUCGAUACAUUUGAACGGCUUUUCUGGGCUAUUUACAUGCCUCAAAAUGUCUACUGUAUUCACGUUGAUAAGGCGGCCAUGAUUGACUUUAAAAUUGCUGUGAGUGAAUUAUUGGAGUGCUUCUCAAAUGCAUUUAUAUCCUCACAGUCUGAGUAUAUUAUUUAUGGUGGAAAAUCCAGGCUCCAGGAGGACCUGGCCUGCAUGAGAGAUCUUAUAGCAUCAACUGUUCAGUGGAGAUAUGUCACUAACACUGGUGAUCACGAUUUCCCCCUAAAAAGCAACAGGGAGGUAGUUCAGUAUUUGAAAACAAUGAAUUGGACAAACAUUACACCUAAUUUAGUGUCUGUUCUGAAAUCUACUGAAAGGAUCAAAUAUACCCAUAGAGAGUACAGAACCAGAGCACACAAUUUGUCCUAAAGAAGCAUAAAAAGAAGAGCCCACCUCCACGUCAACUCAAAAUCCACUUUGGCUCAACUUACAUUGCC